AUGAGACUUUCUGUGCGCUUGAGCAAGGCUCUUCGUCAGGGCCUGCGCGCUGGUACCGUCUCACUCGCCUUUCUUCGUGACAAUGCGCAUACUAUCGCGCAGAUGGAUUAUAUGGUCCUGGAAGACUCUGGUCACAACUUAGAGAACAUACAAUUCUGGAAAAACUUCAGGCUCAUGGAGAUACAAGGGAAAUAUGAUGCUCAUGAAAGAGACACUUCCAGACGCUACCUUUCUAUUCUUCCCGUGUUCAAGAGGAUGACGCAGACAACAUUGGAAUACUUCACAAUAGGUCAAGAUCGUUUGAUGUCUUUGACAGACAACUGGGGCACAGACUAUCCUUCCCCAUUGCAUUUGAAUGAAAUGACAGGAGAUGACCUGCAGAAUAUCGCGUUUCUAUUCGGAGGAGUCGGUGAUGCACGUCAUGUAUAUGCUACGUUGAUUGGCCUUCACCGUGCAUCCAAGACCCUCUCGAAAACAAAACGAAAGAAACUUCGUGCGCAUUUCACUCUCUUAGACUUCCAGCCUUCUGCAUUGGCACGAGACCUGUGCAUCAUGAUGUUGCUGGAGUAUUUGGUAGAUCAUGUAGACGUGCAAAUGACUACCCUGCUUGAAGUCUGUGCGACAAUUUUCUAUACCUAUGUUGGUGUCGUGAUGCCUCAAUACUGCCAUGAUCGGUUACAGAUCACUAUCCAAAACUUACUCAGACGUCUAUCCGAACAACCUCCGCGACUACCGUUCUGGAUUCACGUUGAUCCCGCCAGUAUACCAAGAUUGCUCGAAGCCCUACGGUUUUGGUCAACAGUCCACGAGGGAUUACAGACUAAACGAGUCUUACGAACCCAUACCCCAGAGUCUCCCGAUAGUCCGCUUAUUCAGGAAUAUCAACCCAAUUUCGGAGAGGUUUUCUCUUCGGAGCGCCAGCUACUGGUAGAGAACUUGCGUCGCCUUGACCCCUCACAGUUAGAAGAGCAUGAUGUCUUCCAUCCAGGACCCAACGCGACCCCCUUACAAAAGUGGAUAUUUGAGGCACGUCUGGACUCGUGUGCUCGUACUGUCCUCGAGGAAGAACCGCCGAUGGCCCUUGAACGACGGUGGUAUGCUGGUACGAAGGUGUUCCUACCUCCUCCAGAAUUGUGGUCGCGGCAUCCUGGAUUUGAGUAUUUUCGCUCCAUGAGAACCUCUAGGACUAGUCUACCGUUGGCCCAGGCAGAAUCUUUAAGAGAUGAAAUUGCACUCUCUUGGAAAGCUAAUCCAACUCUGCUGAAUUCUCGGAAUGAUGGUCGCCAACCAUACUGUCUUCCAAACCCCUUCGAGACACCUCACUUCAUCGAAGACUUCAACGUAGAGACUGGACUUAAGCCGAGAAGCUCGUAUGGCACCAACUCGGAUGCGCCGGCGUUCACCGCUGUGGCGGACUUUUUCAGAGCGACCGCUGAGGCCGUCAGAGGGAUGAAAGACCGUGUAGUACUGGAGGUCUUGUGCGGAGAACUAAGCCAGGAAAUUGCUAAAAUGCAGCUCGACAAUAAUGCUUCUCGCCCUGCGCGUUUCCCAAAGUCUCGCCCUGCGCGUUUCCCAAAGUCUCGCCCUGCGCGUUUCCCAAAGUCUCGCCCUGCGCGUUUCCCAAAGUCUCGCCCUGCGCGUUUCCCAAAGUUAUUCACUCGAGCCUAUGUUAGUAACAUCCCCGAUUAUGCGCAUGGCUUGAUAAACACCAUUGUAUAUAAUCUACCUAUACUACGCUCUCGAGCUGAAUCGGCCAUCGCAGCCACUUCAUUUCUGAAUCGUCCGAUCUGGUCGAGUAAUGAAGAAUUUUGUUACACAUACACGUUGCUUUUGCCGAAGGACCUUCCACGAUAUCUGGGCUGCCGUGUGAUCUGUGCCGAUCUCAUGGGGAAAAUCAUCUUGGGCAAGGACCCUCUUCCAAAACCAGUCGACAAACUAGUUAUCCGGGAAGAACUUUUCAGCUGGCCCACCCGAACGUUACUCUAUAUUAUCAUACCAGCAUCGAGUGACGAACAGGCGACCAAUGUUGUCCGUCUUCCUCACAAGCUUGUUGCUUUCUUCGGGCUUUUGGUGCAUCUUCAACAUGUUGGAUAUCCGUCACAUUGGUUCACGGACUUUGUUCAAACCAUGCUUUAUAACAAUGUUGCCACUGAUAUUGCACCUUAUUUGGGUUCAGCUCCCAUUCCUGUCUCGGACAUCUCACGGCGUGUUCCCAUGCGAAAGAUUCGUUUGGACCCAUGGUUCGCGGAAUUUGAGAACAUCCUCGCCUUGACAUACAAGGGCUUACCUUUCGCAGUAUCUCUCCCUGAUUCUUUUGCUCAGUCACAUACAGAUAUUGGUUUGUUUGAAUCCGCUUCAUCACCACUUUUCCCGGUCGCACUUGAUCGCAUUCCAUCUGUAUGUCUGCUGUUCUACAAGCCUGGUGCUGGCAUGGAUCCAGCAGAGUUGGUUUCCGCUGUACCUUCCAUCCUAGAAGGACAGUCACUUCCUCGACAAGACGACUUGUACAUUCUCACUGCCCUGCAGUCAUUGCAGUGUAUCAACCAUGUCUGGAAAGCCCAGUGGAUGUUUAGCUGGAAGCGUAUCCAGCGACUGAGGCGGGAGAAGUGGUUGAUGGUGGUCUACCACGCAGCCCUGCGCAGGCCGAUCACUGAACCUGAGCCCGCCUCGCGCUGGACCGAGGUUUCUACCUCUUGA